AUGACACAACGCUGCCUAGCUCAUGAAUAUGGUUUGGCAAAGGAGAAACGUUCCCUGGGUGCGAGGGCGAUUCGGGGGCAGAGACACCCGCAGGCUGCCGGGUUUGCUCAGGCUGAGCUGCGGUGGCCCGGGCUGCGGCAGCGGUACCAACCGCGCGGCAAUGCCAUGUCCGGCGGAGAGCAGACGGGGCAGUUACUCGCGUCCUCCCGAGAGCUCUGCCCGAGGGAGCAAUGCGAGAGGCGGCAGCAGGAACAGGAGAUUUCAGGUGGCAGGAGCAGGGCCUCGACGCCAGCUCCGGAGGCAGAGGCUGCGCGAGGGGGGCGCGGGUCGGUUCAGCCGCGUGAUGUCCGAAUGUGCGCGCUGCUCUCAGCAACCUGCCCAGGGCAGCCACUGCGAACAGCGGCAAACGCGCGCCGCAACGAGCCCUGCAGCAAACGGUACGGAGAAGGGAAGAAACGAUUGCCCCUCGAAGCAGAAUCCUGCUGCUCUGGAGGGUUCCCAAAGCUCCUCCAAAUCAAGCUGAUCUCACGGUCUCGUGCCUCUUUCAGAGUUGAACACCCCGCUGGCGGGUACAAGAAGCUCUUUGAGACGGUGGAGGAGCUGUCCUCUCCCAUCACUGCUCACGUCGCAGGUAGGAUCCCCACCUGGCUUAAAGGAAGUCUCCUCAGAUGCGGGCCUGGCUUGUUCGAGGUCGGUGCAGAGCCUUUCUACCACUUGUUUGAUGGCCAAGCACUCCUUCACAAGUUCGACUUCAAGGAGGGCCACGUUACGUAUCACCGAAGGUUCGUGAGGACUGAUGCUUACGUGAGGGCAAUGACCGAGAAGCGCAUCGUGAUAACGGAGUUUGGCACCUAUGCCUACCCAGACCCGUGCAAGAAUAUUUUCUCCAGGUUUUUUUCAUACUUCAAAGGUGUGGAGGUCACUGAUAACGCCCUGGUUAAUGUCUACCCCAUUGGUGAAGAUUACUACGCCUGCACCGAGACCAACUUCAUAACCAGAAUUAACCCUGAGACUUUAGAGACUAUUAAGCAGGUGGAUCUCUGUAAAUACGUCUCAGUUAACGGAGCAACUGCUCAUCCCCACGUUGAAAAUGAUGGUACAGUUUAUAACAUCGGCAAUUGCUUUGGAAAGAAUUUUUCACUUGCCUAUAACAUUAUACGGAUUCCUCCACUUCAGGCAGACAGGGAAGACCCAAUAAACAAGUCGGAGGUGGUUGUGCAGUUUCCUUGCAGUGACAGAUUUAAGCCCUCUUAUGUUCACAGCUUUGGACUGACCCCAAACUACAUCGUGUUUGUUGAAACGCCAGUGAAAAUCAACCUCCUCAAGUUCCUUUCCUCCUGGAGCCUGUGGGGAGCCAACUACAUGGACUGCUUCGAGUCUAACGAAACUAUGGGGGUCUGGAUUCAUGUGGCAGAGAAGAAAAAAGGGAGGCUCCUCAAUAUCAAAUUCCGGACUUCUGCCUUCAACCUUUUCCACCACAUUAACACCUAUGAAGACAACGGGUUCCUCAUUGUGGAUCUCUGCACCUGGAAAGGAUUUGAGUUCGUCUACAACUACCUCUACUUGGCGAAUUUACGAGCGAACUGGGAUGAAGUGAAGAGGCAGGCGGAGAAGGCCCCUCAGCCCGAGGCGCGCAGAUACGUGCUGCCCCUGAGCAUCGACAAGGUACCGGCGCGCCACCACCGCCGCGGCGCUGGGCCUGGCUCCGCAGGGACCUGCCCGUGCGCGGGCGACGAGAGCGUCUGGCUGGAGCCCGAGGUUCUCUUCUCGGGGCCGCGCCACGCCUUUGAAUUUCCACAAAUCAACUACAAGAAAUAUGGUGGGAAACCCUAUACCUACUCAUACGGCCUCGGCCUGAACCACUUUGUUCCAGACAGGCUCUGUAAACUAAAUGUUAAAACGAGAGAGACCUGGGUAUGGCAAGAACCAGACUCGUACCCGUCAGAACCAAUCUUUGUUUCACAUCCCGACGCGCUGGAGGAAGAUGAUGGGGUCGUGCUGAGCAUAGUGAUCAGCCCCGGCGUGGGGCCGAAGCCUGCCUACCUGCUGAUCCUCAACGCCAAAGACAUGAGUGAAGUUGCCAGGGCCGAAGUGGACAUAAACAUUCCUGUGACUUUCCACGGACUCUUCAAAAGAGCGUGAC